GGUCCCUGGGGUGCAGGUGGGGCCACCCAGGCCUGCUGUGGGGGGUCCCUGGGGUGCAGAUGCGGUCCCUCAGGUUUGCUCUGGGGCCCCUGUUGGCCCAGUUGCGGCCCUACAUGGGGGGGCCCUGGAGUAGUGCAGAGGGGCAGCAUUGGGAGGGCAGUGAGGUGCUGCUGGAUGUGUGCCGAAGGAGGCACUUUCUCAGAGGGGACCAGCAGCAGGCACUCACUUGGGACUCGUACCUGAGGGGCUGCCACCCAGGCUUUGGGCCCCUGGGGCUGGAGCUGAGGAAAAACUUGGUCGCCCAGUGGUGGGCUUCAGUGGUGGUUUCCAGGGAGCAAGUGUUUGCAGUGGAUUCUUUGCUACAUCGUGCGCCAGGAGCUAGCAUGCUGCCAGCAGGGGAGGCUCUCAGGCUGAUACAGGUUGGAGCCCUGCGUGAAAUCUUCCAGAAUAAAGAAUUAAACAAAGAGCAGAUAACUGCAGCUCUGGAAAACAUGCUAGGGACGUCUGGGGUGCUGCGAGAGGACCUUCUUCAUGGCGAAAGGACAAUGUCUUCCCUUGUAUGGUUUAGCUCCGCCAGAACUGCAGGACAGUGGCUUGAUUACUGGUUGCGCCAGCGGCUCCAGUGGUGGAGAAAGUUUGCGAUAGGCCCAUCCAACUUCAGCAGCAGCGACUUUCAAGAUAAAGAGGGAAGAAAAGGAAAUAAUUUGUACUACAGCUUUCCUUGGGGAAAGGAACCAAUAGAAACGUUGCUGAGUCUAGGAGAUAAUGAACUGUUACAAAUGUAUCCAGGGAAUAAAUCAAAAUUACAUGGCCGAGAUGGAAGGAAGAAUAUUAUUCCUCAUGUGCUGUCUGUGAGCGGCAAUCUGGACCAAGGAGUGCUAGCAUAUCUUUGUGAUUCUCUGCAGCUCACUGAGAGCUCUCUAACAAGAAAGAAAACUCUUCAAAGAAAGGUACUUAAGCUUCACCCUUGUUUAACACCAAUAAAAGUUGCUUUGGACGUUGGAAGAGGCCCAACAAUGGAGCUGAGACAGGUGUGUCAGGGGCUGUUCAAUGAAUUGAUAGAGAAAGGAAUUUCUGUGUGGCCUGGGUAUCUUGAAACCAUGCAGACACCUCUGGAGCAACUCUAUGCAAAGUAUGAUGAGAUGAGUGUCCUCUUCACAAUCUUGAUCAGUGAUGCUACUCUGGAGAAUGGAGUGGUUCAGCUGAGAAGCAGAGAUACCACCAUGAAAGAAAUGAUGCACAUCUCUCGAUUGAAGGACUUUUUAACUAAGUACAUUACAGCAGCUAAAAAUGUAUAAAUUAGAACCUCUCUAAUAAAAGGAAUUUUGUAUCUGUGUUUAAA